GCGGGCGCGCGCCCCGCGGGGGAGUGGGCGGGGAACGCGAGGCGGAGGGAGGAGGCGUCUCUGUGCGGGAGCCCGGCGGACCGCGCCAGACCCUGACGGAGCCUCGCGGCUGCUGCUGCAACAGGCGGCGGGCUCCGCUCGGGGGCGGAGGCGGCGAGGGGGCGGGGAGCGCGAGGAGGAGCGACCGGGCCCCGCCGCCGCCGCCUCUUCCCCGCCGCAUGGACGAGCACCUCAGCCUUCUGCGCUCGCCGCCGCUGCCCUCCGCCCGCCACCGCGCCCACCCUCCCCAGCGCCCCGCGAGCGGUGGCGGCGCUCACACGCUGGUGAACCCCGGCUACUCCGAGCCCGCCGCAGGCCCCGAGCUGCCGCCCGACAUGACCGUGGUGCCCGGGGACCACCUGCUGGAGCCGGAGGCGGCCGACGGUGGAGGGACCCCGCCUCAGGGCGGCUGUGGCGGCGGCGGCUGCGACCGCUACGAGCCGCUGCCGCCCUCGCUGCCGGCCGCGGGCGAGCAGGACUGCUGCGGGGAGCGCGUGGUCAUCAACAUCUCGGGGCUGCGCUUCGAGACGCAGCUGAAGACCCUCUGCCAGUUCCCCGAGACGCUGCUGGGCGACCCCAAGCGGCGCAUGAGGUACUUCGACCCGCUCCGCAACGAGUACUUCUUCGACCGCAACCGGCCCAGCUUCGACGCCAUCCUCUACUACUAUCAGUCCGGGGGCCGCAUCCGCCGGCCCGUCAACGUGCCCAUCGACAUCUUCUCCGAGGAGAUCCGCUUCUACCAGCUGGGCGAGGAGGCCAUGGAGAAGUUCCGCGAGGACGAGGGCUUCCUGCGGGAGGAGGAGCGGCCCCUGCCCCGCCGCGACUUCCAGCGCCAGGUGUGGCUGCUCUUUGAGUACCCCGAGAGCUCCGGGCCGGCCCGGGGCAUCGCCAUCGUGUCCGUGCUGGUCAUCCUCAUCUCCAUCGUCAUCUUCUGCCUGGAGACACUGCCGGAGUUCCGCGACGAGAAGGACUACCCCUCCUCGCCGUCGCAGGACGCGUUCGAUGCAGCCGGCAACAGCACGUCGGGGGCCUCUGGGGGAGCCUCCAGCUUCUCCGAUCCCUUCUUCGUGGUGGAGACCCUGUGCAUCAUCUGGUUCUCCUUCGAGCUGUUGGUGCGGUUCUUCGCCUGUCCUAGCAAAGCCACCUUUUCGCGAAACAUCAUGAACUUGAUUGACAUUGUGGCCAUCAUCCCUUAUUUUAUCACUCUGGGUACCGAGCUGGCCGAGCGACAGGGCAACGGACAGCAGGCUAUGUCCCUGGCCAUCCUGAGGGUCAUCCGCCUGGUGAGGGUCUUCCGCAUCUUCAAGCUCUCGCGCCACUCCAAGGGGCUGCAGAUCCUCGGGCAAACGCUGAAGGCGUCCAUGCGAGAGUUGGGGUUGCUCAUCUUCUUCCUCUUUAUUGGGGUCAUCCUUUUCUCCAGCGCGGUCUACUUUGCCGAGGCAGACGACCCCACCUCAGGUUUCAGCAGCAUCCCGGAUGCCUUCUGGUGGGCAGUGGUAACCAUGACAACAGUGGGUUAUGGCGAUAUGCACCCAGUGACCAUAGGGGGCAAGAUUGUGGGAUCUCUCUGUGCCAUCGCCGGUGUCUUGACCAUCGCAUUGCCAGUUCCCGUGAUUGUUUCCAACUUCAAUUACUUCUACCACCGGGAGACGGAAGGGGAAGAGCAAGCCCAGUACCUGCACGUAGGAAGUUGCCAGCACCUCUCCUCUUCGGCCGAGGAGCUCCGAAAAGCAAGGAGUAACUCGACUCUGAGUAAGUCGGAGUAUAUGGUGAUCGAAGAGGGGGGUAUGAACCAUAGCGCUUUCCCCCAGACCCCUUUCAAAACCGGCAAUUCCACUGCCACCUGCACCACGAACAAUAAUCCCAACUCCUGUGUCAACAUCAAAAAGAUAUUCACCGAUGUUUAAUAUAUAAUACAAGUGACAUGCUGUGCUCAGUAUUGUGUGGAACGUGCCCCCUUGGUCUGCCUGUGCCCUUGUUUUAUACAUUUCCAGACCAUUCAUCAAGGAAAGGACCUGAAUAAGUGGGAAGCACACUUCAUUCUCCCUCUACCUACUGCUUCAUACUGAAACAGGUGCCUGUUUUGCAAGUGGGCUGCAUUCUCUCAGCUCUCCUUUUUCCCCUUACCCUCUCUCUCUCUCUCUCAAUAUUGUAAACAACAAACUUACAUUAAACUUCAUUUCUAGUACACGCCCUAUUUAAAAAAAAAAAAAAAAAAAAGCAGUACAUCCUGGGAGGAAAUGAAACUAAAGAACAGAGUAACUGUUUAACCUCAGAAUUUUAAAGGCAGUUGUUUCGUUCCUAAGCACAUGAGUUUGUAGUAAAUGAUACUUCAGUUUGAUGGACUUUUCAACAUUGUUUACUGAAUAAGUAUUUCGAUUGCCUACCCUGUAGAUAUGUGGAUGAAGAAUCUAACUAGAAUAAUGACUUGUAAACCCACCACGAGUUUAUUUGGUUUUUCCCAGAAUUUUAAGGGUCUCUCCAACUUUGAAUGAAGGGAAAUGCCCAAGAUGUCCUGAUCUGACUAAUUAGUUUAAUUCUUUCGGGCUUGCUAAGCAUUUCUAAAGCAUUAGACUAACACAGUCCUGUGAAGUUCUGUGCAUAUGUCCCAGCCUCAACAUCUAUCAAAGUCUAGAAACAGAUGUUUUCAGUGCUGCUGAGAGAAACAAAAAAUUUCCUAAUGCAUCUGAGAGAUAAGCUUCGGCAGUAUCACAAGAAGAUUAAAGUGGCAGACACCCCUUCCAGCGGAAGUUACUAAUUCGGACCUGACUGAUGCAGUUCCCAUAGCAACCCAUGUUUCCUGGGAAACCCGAAAAAGGUUGUCAUGGCAUCUAUUGCUCUCUAGCCCCACCUUCCAGUCCCUGCUGUUUCCACAGUAACCUUUCCAGAUGGUUCCUACUUAAAUGAUUUCAUAAAGGAAAACCACUGUUUGAAUAAACUGCACAAAUAAAGUUAAGCCUGAGACUCUAAGGAGGUGAAAUGAAUCCCAAAUGCAUUUUUUAACUAUGAAAAUCAUUGAUGUUAUCCCAUAAUAACUGAAUCAAGAAGGAAAAUAUGAUGUUCGGAAUGUUAGAUAUUAACCACAAUAAGGCAUGAUCUGGAUUAAGUCCCAUUUAUUAGGCAAUAAUUUUUAAAGAUGCUUCUCUACAGUUUUUUUUCUCCAAGAACUUUCAAGCCAACAAAUGGAAUUUAAAAGCAAAUGUAAAAGUGUUCUGUACAUAAGCAAAUGAGAGAUACAAUCAGUGUACCUGAAACCUUACAACAAAGGAUCUUCAGGCUUUCUCUUUAAAAAAAAAAAAAAAAUUUAGAUCCCACAACAGCUCUGUCAUCAUCACAGCACUCGACAAGCUAAGUAAACUUCAAAUAGAUGAAGGAUGCACGUUUUAAACUGAAUGCAUUGCAGACAAUCAAUAAAAAGGAGGGACAGGAAGUAACCAGCUCUUGGGAGAAUACUUGCAACUUUCAACCAUAUGCCAAGGGUUGCCAGAAGACAGACAGAAUCAGCAGUUCCAAGUCCUUCCUACCUCUCAGCUGUGAAUAGAAGUGAUAACCCUUCCCACUAAGAAAUGCAAGGAAGCACACGUGUCCCAUAAUCUGAAGACUUAUGGAAACACUGUGAGAUAGAGGUGAGGAGCAUAAGAAUGUGGAAGAGAAUAUUUAGGGAUUGCAUUUUUAAGAUCCCUGAAGAGACCCCCACAUAAAGAACUGUAGAGCUGCACUGACCCGUAGGAUGCUCCAUUUUAAAUUGCCUGGAUCAAGAAUGCAGUGGCAAUUAUAUCACUGAUGGGCAGUGAUGCACCUGACAGCACAUAUUUUUAUUUCAGUUGACAUUAAAUAAUAUGUCUCUAACAAAUGCUUUAUAGAAAGGGAACAACUCUGACGUCGGAGGAUUUGCCUUGUAUUGUGUGCCAUAUAAAAGACAUUUGAUCAAUAGAUGAAGAAUCUUGAAAAUAUUAAGGUAUCAUUGCAUCCUUUUGACAUUUUGAUGAAAUCAAAUCAUCCAAAAACUAUAAUCAGUGCUGCAGAUAAAGAAAGCCUAAAAUUUGUUUCUAACAAGCCAACUGUUACUUUUUUCUUUUUUCAAUUAAUUAGUGGACUGUGUUUAAUCAUGAGAUAUAGUCAUGUUAUGUUCCAUGUUCUGGGUUAUGUGCAACUUUAUUUGUGAAGGUGUGUUUUGUACCAAAGGCUCUCAUACAUAGAUUAGCCCAUUUACAUAUAAAUAAGUGAGGUCUACACUGUGCCCAAAUAAAUGGUAUUAAAGACAGACUUGCCUAAAAGAAAUGUGCCUUGCUUGAUUAAACAUUAUUUUAUUUUUUAUUCAAAAUGAUAGAUUUUCAAAUUAGUGUUAUAGGUUUUAGCUGAGAUAAACUUUACAAAAAUAUAUGACUACUUAUUACGUUUUAGUAUUCCAUCUUAAUUAAAAUUAUAACAGUUAUGCUUUCAACAGUUCAUAUGUAAUAUGUUCAUUUCAUUUUGUUUUCAUGUGAUGUUUGGUGUGGUGCAACAAAGCACAUUUUUAAAUAUAAUAUUUCAUCCAAUGUUUAUAACUUUUCCUUCAAAAUUGUAAAUGUAAAAGUUUCCUUAACUCAUUUUCUAUUUUUAUAUUCUUUUAGAAAUGGAACUCUUUUUCAAUUAAAGACAAGUUUUAGUUGGAAAAGAGAUUUAGGAGGUCAUGAAGAUGGUUUCCCUUUUGGGGACAUUUCACUUCUGUGCCAUUAAUGUAUUUUACUGUGACAUUUCAGCAGAAUGGUAGCUAUUUGUAUAUUAUUUCAUAAGCCUUAUGGAAAGUCAAACUGUGAAAUUUUAUUAUAUAGAGGACUUUUUAUUUCCAUAUUUUAGUUUCAAAAUAUAUCUGAACAAAUGCAUAAAUAACCAAUCUUCUGUUAUUUAAGUGUAUAACAAUGCUAUGUGAUAAUGAGAGCACUUGUAGAAUUUUAAUUACUAUAAAAACAUUUCAGUAGCAAAGCCAAGAUUAUAAAUUUUUUGAUGCCCCACAGAAUGGAAUACAAGUGAUGAAUUGCACUGUAUGAGAAUCAGUAACUAAAACAAUCUUAUACUUGCAGCAAGACAGACAGAUAAACACGAGAUACAAUCUAGGUAACUUUCUUUGAGGCAAAGUCUACAAUGAAUUUCUCACAAUCUGCUGGUAAUUGCUUUGUGUCAAAACUUUGAGACCAGAUCACUACAGGAAAAUAAAAGUCUGACAGCUAUCUCAGGUUUGAGCAAUGUGAACCUUUAGUCAAGAUGAUAUGUGAUUAAAGUGAAAAUAUAGCCACUACCUUUUCUUUGUUCCAUGUUAGCCCAUUUAGUAGAGACAUUGGCCUGGAGAAUAGUCAGUCCAUUGCAGCCAACUAAUCCUUGUAACUAAUUAUUACAGCCUGGAUAGCAGCAAAGUAAUCCACAUCAGCUAUUGGGAUGAUUGAAACAAACUGAUCAACUGUGUUACAGGAGGUUUUAGACAUACCGAUGUUUUAAUAAGGAUCACUAGGUGUUACAAAAAUAGACACAAAAAUUACCUUUAUAAAACACCAAUGGCACAACUGUAUGCAUUAUAGUAUAUUUAAGAUCUGAAUUAUUAUUACAGGUUACAGUUUUAAAUAAAGACAAAGCCCAGAUUUUUAUGAUAAAAGUACAGGAUGGUGUCAGAUGAGUAAACUGUCAUACUGAAUAUGGUUCACAGAAUGGAUAGUAAAAAUGGUACUGGUUUAGAUAACAGUAGACCAGAAUUCUCAUCUACUUUCUACCUGUGGGACCCUAGGUAAAUCAGUUACAUUACUAGGCUUCAGCUUGCAGGCUUAAAUUGUAAGAUGAGUGUGCUGGAUUCAGUGAUCUCCAAAACCCUUACCAGCCCCCAAAUUCUCAUUAUACACAUUUGAGAAAUGCUUUGAAGAAAACUUAGGGCUGGGUGCAGUGGCUCAUGCCUGUAAUCCCAGCACUUUGGGAGGCCAAGGCGGGUGGAUCACUAGGUCAGGAGUUUGAGACCAGCCUGGCCAACAUAGUGAAACUCCGUCUCUACUAAAAAUACAAAAAUUAGCUGGGCAUGAUGGUGCAUGCCUGUAGUCCCAGCUACUUGGGAGGCUGAGGCAGGAGAUUUGCUUGAACACGGGAGGUGGAGGUUGCAAUGAGCCGAGAUUGUGCCACUGAACUCCAGCUUAGGCAACAGAGGGAGACUUCAUAUAAAAAAAAAAAAAAAAAAAAAAAAAAGAGAAAAGAAAAGUACACAGAUUUUCUUAUGCAGGAAAGAAUACAUGAAGUAAGAUUUAAGCCUUGAAAGUGUCAUAAAUAUAUCAUUCUUCAAAUUGAUUGUGAGAAAAGGAAAUAGGACUCUUUCUUCUUAGAAUUUUCACUGAUCUGUAAUGGUAUCAAAAAAGUAGAAAAAUCAGUCUGUGGAAUGGAAACAGAUUAAUUAAAUAGCUAGAAAGGAGGGAAGGGCAUUUGUUUAAUUAAAUAUUAAGGCAACUUGAAAAUUUUCUAUGAAAUGCUAAAACAGUGCCAGAGCCUUAUUGCACACUCAACAUUUUAAGCCUGAGAGCAGGGAAAUGUGGGAAAAGGUUGGAAGGAAAGAAGUGUUUGCUUUAUGAUCUCUUGACUCCUUUUACACAAGAAGCAGAUUGGUAGAGCUUAAGCAGGUGUCUGUGCUGUGGUGCUGGCUCUGCCAAAAACUCUCAUGUGCCCUAGGAAAGUUCCUUUAACUUCUCUGAGCCCGAGUUUCUUUAUCUGUAAAGUGAAGACUUUUUAAAUUUAGUAAUCUGUAUGUCUCUUUUCAUCUCUGAGAAUUCUAUAACAUUUUCAGAUUGUUAUAUGUGUACAUGUACAUGUUGCUCACCUCUGUUCACUAAAAUGCCACAUAUUUCUACUUGAGUGACUGAACAGAUUGCAAGUCCAAAUGUUCUCGUUUCUAAUAAUAAUAAUUGACCUCAGCAAGACAUAUAAAAGGUAAAUCUUUUUAUUUUGACUUUGGCUUUAAGCUAUUAUGAUUUGUCAUUUCAUCUUUGAAUGCUGAGUGAGUUACCUAAACAGAAUGUCUGUUCCAGUUAAUCUUCUCUUUAAAUUUUGUUGUUUUAUAAACAUGUAGCAAAUCAGAAGCAAGUAUAUUAUGCUUAUCAAUGAACUGUAGCAGAUUGUAAGGUGCAUUUUUGUCACAUUAAAAACUUAAUGCUCUUUUGGUCCCAGAAGAAAUGACUGUAAUUUAAAAUAAUAGUCACAAAAUUUUGUGAAUGUUUUUGAAUACAAAGGAGGCCUGAUAGAGCCAUAUUGCAAUUCAUUUUGCUCAGGAGUGAGAAACAAAAUUCAGGGAUAACCCAAACACAUCUGUUUGGCAAUAGUGGAUAGUUAGGUAAAGAAGGGUUUUAGCUUUUGCACAACAUAGGUAAGAGGCAACUGUACCUAUUGAAAAAUAGGAGUAUAUUCUGGUUCCUGGUUUUAUGACAGAAAGAUAUUAGAAGGAUACUAAAAUGUGGACACUCGGGAAAUUGAUUAAUACAGAAAUAUUUUGUCAUACUGAGAUUAUUUGUCCAGAAGUUUAGUCUUAUAUCCCUUCCAUUCAGAAAAGGGGGCAGUUUUUAAAGGCCUCUAUCAUAAUAGGAAGUGUGUAUUUUGACUAGUGGAGCAAUUAAUUAAAACAUUUAAUCUGAUCAUUUUGGUUUUAUGAAUCUGAAUUUUCACUUUAGGUGUAAUUGAAUCACUUAUGUAUUACUGUGAUCUUUGUGAGAAGUGAUUUUGUCCAUUUUUUUAAAGUUGAUGAAACUUGAUAAAUGGUGAUUCUAGCAUAUUGUAUUAAUAUUGUAUCUUACAAUAAUUUGUGAACUGGCCAUCCUGAACAAAUCAUAGCGGUAUGUCUUCUGGUAAAUUGUUUCUAUGGUGUGAUCUCUUAAUGCUGUGUUUGGGGGUGGGGGUGGGGUUAAGUAUUUAGUUUAAACUAUCAAAGUGUUUUUCUUAAAUGCCAUAAAAUGUAUGACUAUAAACCAAAUAAGAAUAUCCUCUUUUUUUCACUUUUAAGGGCACUAUAGAGACCAUUAUGAAACUAUCCCACAGAAUGGUAUAAUUUAUGUUUAAAAGCUCUUAGACACAUAUACACACACAAAUAUAUAUAUAUAUAUAUAUAUAUAUACACACACACACACAUGUGCAAGGGGAAGCAGUUUAUGUAGUAUUUCUAGGUGUUAUGCUACAUAUUGUAAUAAUUAUUUUUGAAAUAUAUAGAUUACACAGAAGUCAGACUAACAAAUACAACACCUCAAUUUUUUCAUAGAGUCUAGCAUUCGUUUACUUAUAAGAUUUGCUUAUCAUACUUUGCAAAGAUCAUUCACAUAAUUAAUCUUUAAAAUAUUCAUAUGAAAUACUAAUGUCCUCUGAAAUUUAAAGAUUAAACAACCAAGGUUUAGAAAGAUCCAGUGACUAGUCUAGAAUAAUAUGGCCACUAACCUCAUAUGCUCUUUACACUAUUCACCUUUUGUCAUGUUAUUUUUAUCCUGUCACUGCUAUUAUCUUUAAAGCUUUAACAAAAAAAUUUUAAAACAUACAUUGGGAAUUUUCCAAUUUUAGUUCAAAGACAUUGUUGCUGUUCUUGUCAGACCUUUUUAGAUACUUUCAGACUAUAGUUCUUCCACAGAGUGAUAUUCAAACAUUUUCUACCUAAAACGUACACCCUGACCACAGACACUGAAUUCACUUGAUAUCAGAAUCCUAGACUAAAAAUUGGUCUUGACUGCCAUUCCUAAUCUCGCUUUACAAAAAUCCAUCAUAAUGACUGAUUUCUGAACAGUUGAAUAAAGCAGUAAUCAACCCAAGAAACUGCAUCCAUUCUAAUUCAGAGGA